AAUCCUCACCAAGCCUCUCUCUCUUUCUACAAUCACUCUAAUAAACAAACAAAACCAAACCUCAUGGCUCCAAAGACGGCAGCAAAAUCCGGCACCGGAGCGCAGACCCCGAAGGCGAACCCGCUCGAGAUCCGUUAUCGGGGAGUCAGGAAGAGGCCUUGGGGCCGCUACGCCGCCGAGAUCAGGGAUCCGGGCAAGAAGACGAGGGUCUGGUUGGGUACGUUUGAUACGGCUGAGGAGGCGGCGCGUGCGUAUGAUAAGGCGGCGAGGGAGUACCGUGGCACUAAGGCCAAGACCAACUUCCCCACGCCCGACGAGCUUCACGCUAACAAUAACCGGAUUGCAAAUAGCGGCGGUGGCGGAAGGCAGAACAACCAUCAAUCCCCCCCGGCUCCGGCCCGCAGCCCCAGCCAGACCAGCACCGUCGACUCCUCGUCCCCACCGCCUCCGGCUCUGGACCUCACACUCGCUGCGCCGCGUUUUGCGGCCGCCAACGCGGGUUACUACACCGCCGCGAGUGCAUACCACGCGCUCCCCAUCGGGCGUCCCAUAUUUUUCUUCGACGCGUUUGCGAGGACCGAUCAGAACGUGGUGACUACGACGACUGGUCUCCAUCAUCCCACCGUCCGGGAAAUUGGAAAGUUCGGCAAAACCGCUGCCUCUACCUCUGGCGAUUCCAACUCCGGCGUCAGCGACUCCGACUCCAGCACCGUCGUGGAUUUCGCUCACUCCCCUGCCAAGGAUAAAGGACCGUCUCUCGGUCUCGACCUCAACUUCCCCCCUCCACCGGAGUGCGCCUAAAUCCGGCGCCGGAAAACACCGGCCUCCACAUUUUUACCGUUCGUUUUUGUUAAAAUUAGAAAAGCAAAAAUAUGAACUUCUCUCUCUUAGAGCGAGAAAGGCAAAGCUCAAAUGCUGACAUGUAAUCAUGAGUUCUGCGUUUUAGCCAUGAGCUUAUGUAUAUAUAGUACCACCCAGGAGACCCUAAACUAGAAAACCCAAAAACUCUUUUAGCUUCUUUUGUUCUUCGCCGACGCAGCGAAAGAUCCCGACCUGGGUUUUUUCCUUCGAUGUUGUAGUUACCGGUGUAUGUUCAAAAUUCCUCAAUGAAAUCAUAGCAGAUUUCCUUAA